UCCAAAAUUACAUUACGUAUGUAUAUAUUCUCUCCACAUUAAUAGUCCCUCUGUCCGAAAUUUUCUCUCCCUGCAUUUCAUCCUUUCUGUCAAAGGCAUCAACAAUGGCAGAACAUCACUCUCUCUCCGCUCCGCUGCUGUCCGCGCUACCAUCGGACCAUAAGCCCCAUUUAGUUAUCAACGUUCAGGACCCGAUCCCUGACCAGACCGAAUCGACGGCCCUUCAGAGCCAAUCUGCCCUACUCCAUUUGCAGCAAAACGGCGAAAGUAAUAACAAUCGGUCGAACCCGUUUGAGUUUAUCGGGGCCCAUGAAAGUUUCGAAUUGCCCAGUUAUAGUACAAUCGAUCCGUUCCGGAACCACACGUUGAAUAUCGCAGGGGUUUAUGAGUGGGUGAAGAUUGUGAUUUGUCUGCCUAUCGCCCUGGUCAGGCUUGCGCUCUUUGGGCUUUGCCUUGCGGUGGGAUUCAUGGCAACGAAAUUGGCGCUUCACGGGUGGAAGGAUAAGGAGAACCCAAUGCCCAAAUGGCGCUGCCGGCUCAUGUUGGUCACUCGCAUUUCUGCACGUUUAAUCCUCUUCUCCUUUGGCUACCAUUGGAUAAAACGAAGAGGAAAACCUGCUCCGAGGGAGAUUGCACCUAUAGUUGUAUCUAAUCAUGUAUCAUAUAUUGAACCUAUUUUCUUUUUCUAUGAAUUAUUUCCCACCAUUGUUGCUUCUGAAUCGCAUGAUUCCAUGCCUUUUGUUGGAACCAUCAUCAGAGCAAUGCAGGUGAUAUAUGUUGAUAGAUUCUCAAGAUCAUCCAGAAAGCACGCUGUCAAUGAAAUAAAGAGAAAAGCUUCUUGCAAUCAGUUUCCUCGACUGCUUUUAUUCCCCGAGGGAACGACAACAAAUGGAAGGCUUCUUAUUUCUUUCCAACUUGGUGCAUUCAUCCCUGGUUAUCCUGUCCAGCCAGUCAUUGUUCGUUAUCCGUAUGUGCACUUUGACCAAUCCUGGGGACAUAUUACUGUUGCAAAGCUGAUGUUUAGAAUGUUCACCCAAUUUCACAAUUUCAUGGAGGUUGAAUAUCUUCCUCUCGUAUCCCCCCAUGAAAAUAGGAAGGAAAAUGCUAUCCAUUUUUCUCAGAGGACUAGCUCUGUCAUGGCAAGUGCUCUCAAUGUGGUACAAACAUCCCAUUCUUAUGGAGAUUUCAUGCUUUUUGCAAAGGCAUCCGAGUUGAAUCAGGAAAACCCCACUCAAUUUAUGGUUGGAAUGGCGUGGGUGGAAUCAUCAUUUCAUAUAAAAACUUUGGAGGCCAUGGACUUUUUGGAGACAUUUCUAUCAAUGAAUCCAGAUCCAAGUGGACAGGUUGAAUUUCACGAUUUUCUCAGGGUUUUAAGAUUGAAACCUUGUUCUCUGUCGGAAAAGAUAUUUGGAUUCAUUGAUGUGGAGAAGAUCGGUAAAAUAACAUUUAAGCAGUACCUGCUUGGCUCAGCCCACAUCUUGAAGCAGCCACUCUUCAAACAGGCUUGUGAACUAGCCUUUAUUGAAUGUGAUAUUGAUGGGAAGAAUUGCAUUUUGAAGCAAGAGCUAAGAGAUGCAGUUACACUCGCAAUCCCAAAUAUGAGUGAAGAUGAGAUCUCUUUGCUUCAUGGUUUAUUUGAUGUGGACGGCGAUGGAAGAAUCAGCAAAUAUGAUUUCCUCUCGAGUUUAAAAAGACAUCCGUUGCUUAUAGCACUUUUUUCACCCUGGUUAUGGCACAAAGGUUUGACCAUAGCUGAUCAUAGAUAGGUUACUAAAGGAUGUGUUGUAGUGGAUGGAUGAUGGGUAAUGCCCAAAGUUAUAGCUUUUUUGUGAAUGAUUUUGGGGUGUAUUUCUAAGCCAUUUGAAAUGGACGAUGGCAGUCGAAACUUAGUGAUUUUUCUUUCAAUUUCCGUACUCUACAAGAUAAAAGGAGUGUUGAUUGUAUUCACAUAUUAGUAUAGUAUUAUUGCCAUUAGCUGGAUCCUUCACAUUGUGCUUGGUUAUCUGAUGCAGCUGAUUCCCCUGGUUUAGAA